AGAAGCUGAGAGUUCUGGGUCUGGAUCCUCAGGCAGCAGGAAGAGACAGUGAGCCGCUAGACCUGGCUUGAGCUUCUGAAACCUCAAAGCCCACCCCUAGUAACAUACUUUCUACAACAAGGCAACACCUCCAAUAAUGCCACUUCCUGGGAUUCUAUGGGGGUCAUUUUCAUUCAAACUGCCACAGUCCUGUAUUGUUUGGGAACUAUUUUUGUUUCUGCAGGCUCUGCCUCCCUACCAGGGACUCAUAAGAAUGUUCUGUUUUCUUCUUCAAAGGUAGUUCUGUUGAUGCCAGCCACUGGAAUAAAGUCCAUCAUUUUCCCUUAAGCUUGAUUGUAUGGAUACACCACAGUCUUUAAUGUCAUCAAUGGAAAUGCCAGUUAUAGUCAUGAACCAGUCUAGAGAACAUUGUUGGGAGCAGGGGUGUUUGUGUCUUCAGCCUUCUUUGGAUUAAUCCCUCAUCUCUUCCAAAUGAUGUAUCCCCUGAAUAACUUUUGGCUUAAAAGAACUUUGCCAAUCAUCUUUCUUGAUAAGCAAGAAGGGAAGGGAGUAUAUAGCUCAGCUGUCUUUGUGAACCAUGAAUGGAUUGAGAUGAUGGACAAGGAAGGCCAUGUAGGCUAUACCAGAAAAGGUGAGAGAAAGAGAAGCAGUGAAGUGGAAGAGAAGCACUCCAUGGAAGUGCUGUUUGGGACCUCAGCCUUGGUCCCUGAAGUCGUUAUCCACUUCUUUAAAAGGACUGGGUUUUCCCCACAAACUUUGUUGUCAUUGGUGAUCAUGGGAAUGGGUUUACCUCCUUAUGAUGGAACUUAUAUUGCCGGCGUCAUUCAGCAUGUUCCACAAAUUGGACAGAUCCAGUAUAGUCAGCUUGAAAAAGAGAUUCAGUCUUCUACAGAAGAAAAAGAACUCUUCUAUAACAGAGGGGUAUAA